AUGGGCUGUGCCGAGUCUCGUGAGGUCGACAGUGCGUCUAUGAAGUCGUUCUCGUCCAGCCGCCAUCCAGAGGCCUCGCCCCUGAUGCCUGGGCACGGGUUCUCCGAGUCGUCGUCCUCGCCGCAAGGUGCCACCACACGCUUCGUCGCACAGCAUGAGCGUCUAGUCCUCGAGCUGCUGCCUUUCAAGGACGCAGCCAAGUUCAGCGACUGGCUCCAGAGCGUCUAUGUCGUCGGUGCCUGGCGCGAGUUCUGCCGCGACUUCCUCGCCGAUAAUCCGCACUCCGUCGAGCCCGACAAGACCAGGACGGCUCAGCUCGCCCGUGACGCCAUCAAGUCAAACGACCCGAAAUACCUUCUCUACCACCCCGACAAGACCGAGUGGACCGACAUGGACCACCACGUCCGCUUCAUUGUCGUCGUGAUUCAAGACAACCUUCUCAAAAAGCUGUGGUCCAAGGACGAUACGAGAAGCAGUAAUCUCGAUGUCCCCAAGGCGGUCUACGAGGUUCUCGUCUUUCUCCGGGCGACGCUGCUGAACCCUGCGUCGAGUCCGCCGAGGUACGAAGACUAG